AUGACGGGACCCAGGUGCCGCCGGAAACCCAGACCCUCGGGCCGGGCAGGGCAGAGGGGGGCCCGCGUCUCCAAGCAGCCCACCCCGGCGGCGGGCUGGACGGCGAGGCGGGCGGCGGGGGCUGCGGGCGGCGGGGCCGACGGCCGGGACCCGCCCUCACAGCGUAACCCCAGGGACCCGGCAGCGCGGGGGGACAUCGUGCAGCUGCCCGUGCCCAUCAUGCAGCAGCUCUACCACUGGGACUGCGGCCUGGCCUGCUCUAGGAUGGUGCUGCGCUACCUGGGCCAGUUGGACGACGGCGCGUUCGAGAGGGCCCUGCGGGAGCUGCGGCUCACCAGGAGCAUCUGGACCAUCGACCUGGCCUACCUGAUGCGCCACUUUGGCGUGAGGCACCGCUUCUGCACCCAGACCCUGGGCGUGGACAAGGGCUACAGGAAUCAGUCCUUCUACAGGAAGCACUUUGACACAGAGGAGACGCGGGUGAACCAGCUGUUCGCACAGGCCAAGGCCUGCAAGGUGCUGGUGGAGAAGUGCACGGUGAGCGUGCAGGACGUGCAGGCGCACCUGGCGCAGGGCCACGUGGCCAUCGUGCUGGUGAACUCGGGGCUGCUGCGCUGCGACCUCUGCUCCGGCCCCGUCAAGUGCUGCUGCUUCGCCCCCCGUGGCCGCCGCUGCUCCUGCCGCAGCCCCGCCUACCAGGGCCACUUCAUCGUGCUGCGCGGCUACAGCCGGCCCGCCAGCUGCAUCUUCUACAACAACCCGGCCUACGCCGACCGAAUGUGCAGCACCAGCAUCAGCAACUUCGAGGAGGCCAGAACCAGCUACGGCACGGACGAGGACAUCCUCUUUGUUUACUUGGACAGCUGACAGCGGGCGCCUGGUGUGCCCAGGCCCUUGGACCUCACCCUGCCCUGCCCUGCCCCAGCCGGGCCCGUUCAGGAGGCCCUGGCCCAGGCCUGCGGCUGCCUUGGCUCAGACGUGGAGCUGUGGUCCCAGCUCACAUGGCCACGCCCCAGGGGCUCUAGGAGGCCGCGUCCCACCUGCUUAAUCCACCAGCGCUGAGCCAUCAUGCCACGUAGCCCAGAGUCCUGCUGGCGGCUGGCAGCGUCCCGGGAGCGUCUGAGCAGAGCCUCCCCCAGGACCCCGAGGCUGGCUCCAGCGGUACCUAGGGGACGUCCACCCCCAUGGGUGCCCUUGUUGCCUGUGAGCCGGACCCAGGGCAGGGGGAGAAGCCUGAGCCCGGCUCCCCACAGACCUGGUGACUGAGCCCGGCAGAGAGGUGUUGCUUGUGUGUGUGUGUGUGCAGACUGUGUGGCCGGCCUGGGCCCUGGGGGCUGGGACUGCUCCAGCCUCUCCGGGACCUGCACGUCCUGCAGGGCCCCUCCCACCUCCCGGGAGGCUGCUGGCAAGGCGUCUGGCCCCCGGGGAGGGCUGGGCCUCAGGCAGAAAGGGCUCUGAGGCCCCCGCGCCCCUGCAGGUACUCCAGCUGCUUGGGGUGGGACCCUGGGCUGUGACUGGGACCCUGGCGCCUGCUGGCUGGCAGGGCUCACCAUGUUCCCACCCCGAGGACCAGGAGCAGCGGCCUGUGGCCUCCCACCCCCUGCCCUGGUGUUCCCAUCGGGACCUUUUGCACAACGAUGGGUCUCCUGUCCGACAGAGAAGGGUGUGGUCUGCGCCGGUCAGCAUGGCAGCAGGGCACAGACGAGCUGUUUCCUUUUCCUCUUUUCGGGGGGGGGGCAGGGGGCAGCUGAUUUUUUUGAGAUUGAAGUUUUCACUUUAUGGGGGUGAGACUCAACCUCAAGUAAGACAAUAAUAGUGAGAUUGCAGGUACUUAGGAACCACUGACACCUCUCUCCACAGGGCAGGUGAGCCGACCCGAGUUCUCUUUCAAAGCGGCCUUUCACCAUAUGGACAGAAUCUGGCCCCAGACAGUGGGGGAGCUGGGUCUGCACCUGAACAAUAAGGGACGUGGAUCCUUCCCAAGGGGGCUGCGGACACCCACCCCUCGGGUUGCCUCUGGCUGGAGGGCAGGGAUGCCGCAGCAGCCCCCCCCCCCGCCCUGGCCCCCUGCGUCUUGGUCUUCCCGUGCCCGAGGCAGGAUGCGGGGCCGCUGCUGCCCCUCCCCCAGACCGCAGACCCCGCGCCGGGAGGGCUGGGGUGGGCUCCGCGGACCGGGGCUGUCGGGCCACCCGACCCCGUUGCUCCUCAGCACCAGACGGCCUUGACCGAGAGGGGGGCCACGUUGGCUGGGCAGCCACCCUGGGUUCCAGAGACUCAUGCUGCCUGCAGACUGGUCUCGUGUCUGUUGCCUUAAUGCUGAGUGGCCCAAGGUCCCAGGGAGCUCUGGUGCACACGCCCGGGAGCAUCACGCGUGGCGGCUGCGGGUUUGGGUGUCCCCGGAGGGGUCCGGGCGACACUGGGGAGGAUAGGUGUAUCAAGGGACACUAAGAGGAAGUGAAGCUUUCAGGACGACUGCCCGUGAGAGAGGCUGGCACGGAGAGCAGCCUCCACAGACAGUAGUCACGGCACCUCGGUCCAUCAGAGACACUCAGUCCCUGGGCUCAGAGGAGGGCUUCUCGGGGCAAGACGCAGGUUAGAGGUCACCUGUCUGGAGGAUUGACAAGAGCCGCCUGCCCCUGGGGUGGUGCCACCUGCCGGGGAGGGUCAUGGAGGCAGGACGCAAACCUCACCUCGCUCUGUCGUGUCCCUGCACAAAUCAUGAAAAUGGGGCCGGAGACAGAGCCCAGAUGGCAGGAACUCUGCCUACAGCACGUGGCUCCAUGACCCCCCCCCCCGGGCACACACAGGGGGCCACGCUGGACAGUUGGCUCUGUUCACUCCAGCCACCUGGGGACAAAAGGGAUCUUUUGCAUUUCAGAGAUUUUAUACAUAUAUUUUGUUUGUAAUGAGCUGUUCUCAAUAAACACCAUCCUCACCGGGAAACACUGGA